CACCAACAGCAGCAGUCCACGCUUGUUCACCUGGCUUCACACUUGCACCUUCCCCUUGUGCUUAGCUUUUGCACAAGAGGUAGAACAACGCCCACACCACGACAAGCGAAGGAUUGAGCCAGGUCAACCAUGGGAAAGGAGUCGAAAGCGUCCGAGGCACAGCCAGCGAUGGCGACAGCAGUUGCCGUCCCCGUCGAAGGCGGCGACGGCGGCGGCAGUACUGCCGGCGCACCCGGCGCACACCAGCACCAACAACAAGACCACAACAACCAACAUCAGAAAAAGAAGCUGCAGCACAAGGGAGGAAGGGGCGGAGGAGGGAGGGGCGGUGGGGGGAGGGGCGGAGGAGGAGGCACGGGCAAGGGGGGAGGGGGGGGGAGAGGAAAAGGCGCCGGCAAGGGUGGCAGGAGAGCAGGGCACGGUGUAGACCAUGGCGGAGGCGUUUAUUCCAAGGGCGGGGCCAAGGGUCCCCGGAUGAGAGGCAGCCACGUUGGGCCGGGAACGUUCGGCUGCGGGCGCCUCGGAAUGCUCUUCAUGGCGUUUCGCUUCUUGCAGAGGAAGGUCGGCAAGAAGAACAAGAAGGGCAACCACAACAACAACAGAAGACAACACGGAAACCCACACGGACUGCCGAACAACCAGCCUUACGCCUCCGGGCAGCCGCAACCGUACGUGUCUAACGCGCAGCACGCGGGGGAAGAGAAGGUCGAGGAGAUGCCGGUGGCAGUUGGCGUACCCGUCGAGAAGUGAAACCGUCGCCGGAAUAACCGCCGUUCGUGAUACCGUCGUUUGCUCCUUUUUGGGAUCUGAAUAUGCGGGCAUAUCCACUGCGGUACCCAUGAGCGUGGAUGGAGAUCAACGUCGAAGGUGGUGCGGGUACUCGUCAACACUGAGAUUGCUAACGUUUUGUGCAUGAUCUGAGUUGAUUGUCGUUCGUUCGAUUUAAUAUCGUGUGCAGAUUCGUGCUUCUUGAGCACCUCUUCAGGUUCUGGAAGAGCUCUUCGUUGUGUAUUUGGGUGUUCCUUGAGGGUCGCGACUUUUUAAGGAAUGUUAUGACGCGUUCGACCCUCCCCCCUACGUUGUUGGACGUACUCCUCCUAUGCUCGGAAGAUUUUCUCUCGUAUUCCAUCGUCUUGAAGAAAUUAUUUUUUGGCUUAUGUAGAAAAAGUAGGUAACGUCUGUAGUUGUAGCUUAUGACAGUCAUUGUGGUCGUUGUCGACAUGCUUAAGAUGGUUUCUCCGUUGUUUCUUCUGUUAUUCACUUUAUGAUACAAAAGCUGGUUUUUCGUUCUGAUGCAGGCCCUGUAAGCAUGAUCGAUCUUGGUGUGGGGGUUUAAUUGCGGCGUUUUCUGGCCAGAGCUAGAGAUGUAAGAGGAAAUGAAUGUAAACGGGGUGUAAGUGUGCGUCGUGGGGGUUAGUAUGUAAUCUGGACUUUGUUUUGAAACGCCGGUCAAGCUUCAAUUUUCCCUCCUUUCCUUAGACCCGCGCGCGUACUUUCACCAGCUUGCGGUGUUCCUCGAGCUGGCCCUUGUAGGUGGUACAAUACCUGCUGUGUGUAGGGUGCAUUUGU